GUUGGCUAGGCUUGUCAGGGAACGUUGUUCCUGACACGCACGUGUGGACUAUUUAUGCUGAUUCAGUUAUCCAGAUUCUUUAAAGAGUCGACCGGGUUGUUGGAGUGUAUUUCUGUGUUGCUGCUCCGCAGAAAAAACGUCCAUUCCAUUAUUUUUGCUAUAUUUUAUAGAUUUGAUUAAGUCAUAGUGUGUCAAUGAAGGAUCGCAAUCCUGUGUUGGUAGCAGCUGUGCUGGCGCUGCUGCUUCUUGACACUGGGCGGGCACAGUAUUUUUUGGGUGAAAAUGGUCAAGAUCCGAUGAAUCAGGGUCCAAUCGGUCAAGGUCAGUUUGGGCAGGAUCAGAACGGUCAAGGUCAAGGUGGAACGGGUCAAAGUCAGUUUGGACAGGGUCAGAAUGGUGAAGGUCAGGUGGGACAAGGCUGGACAGGUCAAGGAUCUUUUGGACAGGUUCAAAGCGGUCAAGGAUAUUUUGGGCAGGGUCAAAGCAACCAAGGUCAGUUUGGACAGGAUCAAAACGGUCAAGGUCAAGGUGGAACGGGUCAAAGUCAGUUUGGACAGGGUCAGAAUGGUGAAGGUCAGGUGGGACAAGGCUGGACAGGUCAAGGAUCUUUUGGACAGGUUCAAAGCGGUCAAGGAUAUUCUGGGCAGGAUCAAAGCAACCAAGGUCAGUUUGGACAGGAUCAAAACGGCCAAGGUCAAGGUGGAACGGGUCAAAGUCAGGUAGGACAGCCAGGACAAAACCAGAAUAAUCAAAAUCAGAACUAUCAAAGUUUUUUUAACCAAUAUCAGAAUAGUGAGGUUGUAGAUCUUGGCCAGAUAGGACAAAACAUCAACCUUGACGACAUUGGUCAACAACUUGCUGGACAGGGUCUGGAUCUUGGACAGUUAACGCAAACCCUGAAUGGUCAGAAUGGAAACAUCCAAAACGGUCGUCUCGUCAACACUCAGAUCGUCAGAGGAGAGUUAACACAAAUCCGUGGAACCAACGCAUUUGCUAUUAUUGUAAACAACCCAGGGAUGACUGUGAUGAUCCAAAAUAUGGCCGUUGCUGCGGUGAAUACCAUUAAGGAGCAGGAUAUGAUGUUCUACCUGGCGGGUGUUGACACAACGGAAACGGCAUCAACUACAGCGAUGAAGGCGAGGUUCACGGCAACGAAGGAGAAGGCUGUUGAGAUGGGGAAGGAGGAGAGGGUGAAGAAUGUUCUCAUGGACGACCUUAUUGGCAUACUGAAUGUCCCCAAGGUUCAGAUGGCGAGUGUCAUGGACUCCCUGUUAGGGCAACUAGGGGUCGACGUGAAGGGUCUGGAGACACAGGAUGACAACUGCGACCAGUUCAUUAACAUCGAGUGUAACGUAUCAUCUCCAUAUCGCACCAUGGACGGCAGCUGUAACAACCUCAGGAAGCCUCUGUGGGGAAGAGCGUUUAUUCCCUUCAGGAGGUUUCUAGAACCAGCCUAUGACGAUGGUGUUUCCUCCCCGAGGCGAACUGCUAGGAGUGGAAAUCUGUUACCCAGUGCAAGAGAAGUGAGCUUCAUGGUCCACGAAUCUGAUGAAAAAAUCGACGUCCAGGCUGCAGCGUCGCAUCUGUUGAUGCAGUUUGGGCAGUUCCUUGACCACGACAUCACCAGCACCCCCAUACAGUCGGGUGUCGACGGGUCCCAUGUCCGUUGUUGCACAGAGGACCUCAGUGAAGAAAGCAAGGCCAAGAUCAACAUGAAUCCUGAAGACAGAGAUAUCUGCUUCCCCAUCACUAUCCCUGAGAAUGAUCCUAUGUUCAAGCCCAGGACAUGUAUGAGCUUUGUCAGGUCCAUCCAGAUAUCCAACACCGACUGCAGACUGGCUCCAGCAGAACAAUUAAACCAGAUUACAGCCUACAUCGACGGUUCUAUGGUGUAUGGUUCUUCCUUGGCUGAAAUGAGGACUCUCAGAGCCUUUGAUAGGGGCCUGCUAAAGACGUCAGCCAAUGACCUUCUGCCGGAAGACAAAGAACCAAGUUGUCGAAAGGAGAGUGCAAAGGAUUACUGCUUUAAGGCUGGUGACACCCGCGUUAACGAACAGAUGGCCUUGGCGACCCUCCACACUAUCUGGGUCAGGGAACACAACCGUAUGGCGAAGGAGCUUGGCAGCCUCAACCCUUCUUGGGAUGACGAGAGGUUGUUCCAGGAGACCAGGAAGAUCGUGGGCGCCAAGAUUCAACAUAUAACCUAUAAAGAGUUUCUGAGGAAGGUUCUCAACGGAAACAUUCUCAAUGCAUUCGAUAUUAACCCCAAAAUUGUUGGCUUCCAAGACACGUAUGACCCGAGAAUAGAUGCAAGCAUAAGGAAUGGAUUUGCUGGUGCAGCUUUCAGGUUCGGACACUCCUUGGUGAGGACCAUGUUUUCCCAGAUGAAUAAUGACUAUCGAGGACAUGAGGACUUGAUGCUCAGCCGGAGUUUCGGCAAUACCUCCUACGUCAUCAAGGACAACGGCGACGGUAUCAACAAAAUAGUCCGUGGUCUUGUCACAGAUAACAUCAAUAAGUUUGACCGCUACAUGACUCCACAGCUGACUCAACACCUAUUUGAAGAUGGAGUUGGUCAUAGGCUUGACCUCGCGGCUCUCAACAUCCAGAGAGGCCGUGACCAUGGGUUGCCUAGCUACAAUGAAUGGCGGAAGUGGUGUCAACUUCCGGUGGCUAGAAGUUUUAGUAAGGGCCAGGGCGGACUUGUGGAUCUUCCCCAAGAUGCUAUAGACAAGCUCAGAGAUGUUUACGAGCACCCUGAUGACAUUGACCUGUUUGCUGGUGGCAUGUCUGAGAAUCCCAUCAAAGGUGGAAUAGUUGGGCCCACCUUCGCUUGUAUCUUGUCUCACCAGUUCAAGGCUCUCAGGGCUGGCGACAGAUUCUUCUAUGAUCGGGAUGAUGAAACCACGGGGUUUAAAAAAGAUCAAAUUAACGCCAUCAAGGUGACCACCAUGGCCAAGGUUAUAUGUGACAACACGGACGUUGAGGCAAUGCAACCUGAUGCAUUCUUUGUCGUCAGAAACAGGAAUCAGCGAGUGAGCUGCGAUGAGCUGACCCAGGCGCCAUUGGUGGCCUGGGCUGAGGACCCGGAUGUCCGGAGGCAGGGAUCUCAAACAUGGCAAAUCAGCAACAGACUCGCUGAAACGAAAAGAAAUAACAACCUCGACUGUUCAAAGAGCAUUUAUAAAUUGUUUUCGAAGUACCUUUGUAACAAAUGAACUCGUACUGUUCGAAAACCCUUGCCGUUGAGCAUUUCAAAAAUAUAUAAUAUUACAUAAUAAAUGUGCAUUUCAGAGAAAUUUUGUUAUUUUCUGGACGAAAUCGAUGUUAUAUACAAACGUAUCACAGGUAAUGUGAGAAAUAUGCCUACGAUGUGUCAUUCGGUCGAAGGGAGGCAACUCUUGUUACCUUCGUCACACAUGCACUAAAAAAUGUUUGUGACUUCGUGAUCUUCUUCAUGACAAAAUUAGUUCAAUGUUGAUGUGAUUAUUGGAUUGAAAAUUUAUUACUUGGUGUGAUUAAAAGACGUUUCGACUCA